AAUCGUAACUCGUCCCAGGUGCGCGGCACUGUAUCUAUCUUGUCCCAGCUGCUGAGAAAGUUGCAAGCAGGCUGGUCGGGCGGACAUGCCUGAGUCUGCAGAGACGUGGAGUAGGCUGUACUGUAUAUGCGUGUUCUGUACUAUGUUUGACCAGUGUUCGUAUACGCAAUGGUUUAAAAAAAUAAAAUAAAACUAAGAAAGAAAACACCUGCAACCCAAGAUAUUUACUCACAGUUUCUUACACGUGAUGUAAUAUUUUCUUCCUUAUUUAUGCUGCGGGUUGCGGGUAGGUGGUGCUGCUCUUUUCAGGGGCAAGUUGGAACUUGUUCAAGGCUCCGGUCUACAUGCCCAGGCAAGCAAGCCGCUCAUUAUCAGAACGCGAACUCCCCGUCCCGUGGUGUGGAUUUAUUGACGUGGUGCUAUCCUGCGAGUCACAUUCAGGCUGUACUGUAUUACAGUAUAUAUAGAAUCGUGUGUUCGCAGCUGCAGCAUGGGUAGUUUUUUCAGAAAGGAUGGUUAUUAGUUAAGCGGAAUUAAUUAAAUGGUGCGUGCAGAAACAUUAAAUAUAUGGUUUUGCACGUAAAACCUUUAAUACUUCAGCUGCAAACAACAACUUGAAAGCUUACAAAGGAAAAAGUAAUUUGGGAACUUUUAUUAAUAUCAUGCCUUUUAUUUAAGUUACCUUUUUAGAUUGAAGUUAUAUCCAGCACCGUUUAGACCCAAUAAUACAGGACCGUUUCUAUUGAGAUGUUUGAUUUAUAAAAAAUAAAUAAAUAAAUAAAUGUCACUGCAACUCAGCAUUCGUUUAUAACGGAGGGACCCCAUUGCUGGGAACUGCAGCAUCACUCAGCAAUCGCUCCCUCUAUGGAAAUGAAUUGUGGGCGUGUUUCGACACUGCUGCAGGGUCGUCUUCAAGGUGAGGGGCUUGUCGAGGCUGAUUAAAAGUUGCAGAUAUAAUUGUCGGUGCGGUUGGCCACUCACUCAUCUGGUGUCCUAUGAUUCUUUCUAACUUAGUAGCCUUAUCAGUUUUUGAGAACGUGAUUCCCUAGAACCCAUCGCUAAUAACCACCCUGUGAAGGACCCAAAUAAAACAUGCAUAUAACCUAUCUCAAAGGGAAGUUUAAAUGAUGGUGAUAAUUAUAAUUCAGUGUUUAUUGUACAGCUUAUGCUGUAUCUUAUCCCUGGGCUCUUAACCUACAAAGUUGUGAUGUCUGUGCUUGAUUAAGCAGCUUGAGCUUUCUAUGCCGUCACACAUGGCUUUGCAUUGUGUGCAACUAUUCAGCAACAAUCAUGAGAAAAGAGAAGGAUCUCAAUGACCUCACAAGGGGCAUGAUAGUGGCCACAUGACCAAAGUAUCCAUCAGGACAGUCCCAGGUGUUCCCUGAAUGGCAGCAUUUGCAGAAAGCCACCAUCAGAAAGAAAGCACGACUCCAGUUGCAAGCAGGUCAUGACGGAUCAAGUGUGUGUACGUGUGCAACACAUUGUGACAAGCAACAGACGCCUCGUCCUAACACGAACAGAAAGAAGUGUGCUACACAUAUUGUAUGCGAUGUGGUUUAUGCAUGCACACUACCCUGGCAUAAAAUGUAUUUUAUGCUCGGAGCAGUAACUCCGCACCACUCAGAAUAAAGAAAAUAACAUUUGAAACUUGUUACCCUUUUGAUGAUAUGUAACAAAAAGUAAAUUUUCAUUCAGCAUUUUAAACAUACUGGACGUGGUUUGCUAAGUUUUCAGCUCACAAAGCUUGAGCUAUUUAAAUAUAUAUAUUUUUUAACUUUUCAAUGAAUUAAGAGUUUUGCACUUAUGUAACCCCAGGUGUUAUUUUCAUACUGUUUUCAAGGAGGAUCAACUGGAUGAUUCAGUUUUAUUAGUUACAUCAUAUUUUACAUUUUAAAUACAUUUGCAUGACCUGCGUGUCUAGUGUGCACGAAGCCCUAUAAAGAUUAACAUCCGCAUCCUUAGUCCAGACUCUGUCCACCUCUCAGCCGCUAUGAUUCUUUUGCAAUCAUCCCGAAAACUAUCUGCUUUGAAAGAUAUCCUUCUUCAACAGCUGCCACACUCAAUCGUGGUUUACGGGGCUGUUGCUCAAAUUCGCCAUGGUAACGCAUGUAAUCUUGAGGUGUGCGUGGAUUCUUGGCCUGCCUUCAAAACUGUAGUCUGUCGACGUCAAAGAAAGGCCAUACAAGAUCCUCAUAAUCCAUUUUCUAAUCUAUACACACUGUUCACCAAGGAUGUGGCCAGUCUGAGGACAAUGCUGAAGGACAAGACAGUAAUCAACUGGAAGCAACCCUGUCAUUUCCUAGCUUUUCCAAGCUCUCUCUUUGAUGCCGUCCAGGGAGAAAAACAGAAAAUAGAUCAUAUGAUUGAUCCCAGUUGCAUUUUAAUUCAUCAUGAUCCACAAAGUCUUCCAGAUGUGAGGACUGACGUGGCGCCAAGAAUAUCGAGCCUUAGAGUUACUCACGCUGAGAUAGUGAACCAAAGUGUGAAAUAUGGCGGUAGUGAACACAGCCUUAAUUAUAUAAAGACCUGCAUCCAGAACCUUCCAAGUUGCUGUAUCCUGGAUGAUAAUGGCAGCCCCAUCUCCUGGGCUCUGCUUGAUGAAAGCUGUGCCAUUCGAAUGGUAUUCACAUUACCUGAGUAUCGUAGGGUCGGUUACAUGAAGGUGGUCCUUGCUACACUUGCAAGGAAAGUACACAUGAUGGGCUUUCCAGUCCACCUCAGUGUUGAAGAAAAUAACACAGCCUCAUUACAUGCAUGUAAGAGUAUGGGCUUCACAUUAUAUCCAGAUUUAUAUUUAACGUUUAAACUAAUUCCAAGUAGUUUACCCUGAAGCAGUGCUGUGCAAGACAAUAUAAGAAGAUAUUGGAAAACAACAUUUUAUGUGUUUAAGUGAAUGUAACUUUUUUUUGGCAGAAUUGUUUAAAUGUACUGCAACAUGUGCACAUGCAUUACAAUCCAAUAAAGACAGUUUAGAGAUACAACUUGUUCCAUUAUUUAUGUUGCUAAAGAAUUUAUUUAAUAAAAGCCAGUGUGGGUGUGGGAAGCUAACAAAUGCUAUGUCAAAUAAAACAAAACAGUACGGAGUUAAUUCAGGAUAAGAAAAAAACGACAUUAUGAAACAAACAAAAACAAAGUAACUUGUCAGUGACUAAAUAUUUUACGGUAAAG